GGAGCUGAUUGGUCAACACAAAGAUCACGAGACCAGGUGGAGGCAGUUAACAAAAUGAGCGCAGGAGACAUGGAACACAUAGGGGAAGAAACGAAACAAAACAAAACAAAUCAAUCAGAAAGUUCCGUUGUGACGCGUAUGCACUGUACAGUACUUUUAGGUUUGCAGAGGUCAAAAGUUGAACGAAGCUUUGUUGAGCUGCGGGAGGGGGCGCCACAGAGUCAGUCAACCGAGUUGGGAAGAGACUCGGCGGGGCGUCCGCGGAGCUUCUCGCUCACUCCAGCACGUGAGGUCAACCCGGCUGCACCUGUCGUGCCGCCGUCACGAAGGAGGGGAGGGGGGCGAGGAGCUUCGGGAAGGCGGGACCGGGCCACGGUACACGCCGCCGCGGUGCUCGUCGUCGCCGGCGUCGGGGAGCGAACUGCGUGCCAUGUCCGCCGUGUCGCGGGAGCUCGAUGGGAACGUGAGAAAAGGCUUCGUCCGGCACUCCCGCGGUGGCAUCUUCCGGAGUUACCUGAGCAAGGCAGAGCGCGUGCGGUGACAACUUUCAAGAGGAGUCUUCUCCUGCAUGCUGGACGUGGCGACAUGGACGUGCAGGCAAGACUGCGAGCCUUCAUGAUGCUCUGGUGGCUUGUUCAAGGUGACGACAGUCAAAAGUUGGAAAUCCCGCGGGAGGAGAUGGAGGUGGUCAAGGGCCAGAUGGUGGUGCUGCAAGCGUGGUACAGUCCCAGUUCGGACAUUUCCAAAAACACCGUCGUUUGGCAGUUCUUAACGGGCCACAAGCCCAAGCAGGUGAUCAACUUCAGCUCGGGGGAAGUGGGCCACGGUCAGAACGACUUCAACAAGCGGGUGGGCUUCAGCGCCGCCAUGCCCUCCGCCAACCUCUCCAUCUUCAUCAACGACACGCAGGAGUCUGACUCGGGGAUGUACUUGUGCAGUGUCGUCAUACCCGGGCGCAGCAGCCCUGCUGGACAGAUGCGCCUAAAUGUCAAAGUCCCGCCUUCUCCUCCGGUGUGCACCCUGACAGGCGAGCCCGUUGUCGAGGGCAACGUGACUCUGAGUUGCAAGUCCGAUCACGGCAAGCCCAUCCCUCAGUACAAGUGGACCAAGACUGCCCCCAUGCAGGAGGUCUUCUUCUCGCCCAUGCAGAACGAGAGACAAGGCACCCUGCGGCUGAGCAACCUGACCAAAAGCAUGUCGGGGAAGUACAUCUGCCGAGCCAGCAACACAGCCGGUUCAGACAGCUGCUCCAUUAACCUGGAGGUUAUCACCUCUUCCAAUGCGGGUAUGAUAGCAGCAGCCACCCUGGGCUCCAUGGUGGGACUAGUCGCCUUGGUCCUCUUCCUCAUUUUCGUCCUAAGGAGAAGUCGAGACACUGAGGAAGAGACGGCCAAUGAGAUCAAGGAGGACGCGCAAGCUCCAAAGCGAGUGUCGUGGGCAAAGAGCAACACGGGCUCAGACAUUGUGUCCAAAAACGGCACACUGUCCUCCAUCGCCACCAGCCCUCGGCCCGGAGACCACCCCCACCGCCAGCCUGCCUUCCACUACCCCUACUCUCCCUCGUCCACCACCGACACGCACUCCGUCAUCAACGCCUACCAGCUGCGCCCGGGUGAGGCCAACACACUGCGUGGCCUGCCGGGUUACAACGCGGGCGGGACACCGUCGCGCAAACACAAGCGGCCCCCAGUGGCCAACGGAGGCCCGCCCCAGGUUGUCCGCUUGCCCCCCGUCAGGACUGAGGGGGCUCAGCCUCAGACACCGCCCGCCUUCACGGCAUCCCCGCGGGCCAGCUCGUCGUCCACCCUGACCCGGGCGGGCACGGUGGCCGUCAUGGUGCCUGCGCAGAGCCAAGCGGGCUCUCUGGUAUAGCUUGUGACUGGACACGAGGGAGGGGGAGACUCUCACGGUUCUCUGCCUUGUAACUGGAAUUUUCUGUGACCUCCUGCAAGGACUUUUUGUUCACAACACUAACUUGGAACAGUUUUGAUUUUCACUGCGAAGGUUUCUAGUUUUCUGAAUAAACUGAUUCGU